CUUGUCGCCUUCUAGAUCAAUAAUUAAUCUUGUAAAAGUUAUGACAGCAAGCAGCACUGUUAAAUUUAUGAGUCUAAUAAAAGCAACCUUGAUGGUAGUAAUUUUUAUGAACGGAUACUCCUCAGGGACGCCAUACGAUCAAGAAAACUAUCAAAUAAUACACUCAAAAACAGACAAGCCACCUCUCCCAAGACCUUUCAGUUUGGACUCUACUAGAGACAAACGUCAAAACUACCCAACAAGUAUCCAAGACGUUUUGAAAGAGAACUCUUCAAACAACAUGGAGAGAAUAGGUGGAAGCAAAAUUUCACUUCACGUUGAAAGACCAUCAAUGUUGCAGCAUUUCAGACCCAACGACCCGAGUGAGGUGAAUUUGCUAGCAACUACGAGCUUUAGAUUUUCGUCUUUGCCUACGGCUGAAAAUGGACGAACUCAAAAUGAGAGACACGGGGAGAAUAAGUUCAAUAUUGUGGAGAUGAUUCAACGAAAACGACCAUUCACGAUGACUUUGAGCGUCAUUCCGGUGGAAAAUGAAAAUGAAAUGGAGUUCUUCGAUCAUAUGUGGAAGACGAAGAUGCAGAAAGUUCAAAAAACUUGAAGCACAUAUAAGAUGCAAAAAUACUUAAUAGAUAUUGACUAUGAUUCUUUUUAUUUUUUGUAACAAUACAGAUUAAAAAAAUGACGUCAAGUUUGCACAUUUUUGCUAGAGCAGAUUUUACCUUGGAGGCAAUGGUCAAGGUCACGGUCAAGGUAAUAU